GGGUGCCUGCUCACCAUGGACUCUGCUGGGUACAGCAAGUGGGACAGCAGGCUGGAGGAGGUCCCUGGAGGGCACUGGGGACGCUGGGGACAGAGACCCUUCUUCCUGGCCCUGGGUCUUGUGGUCAUCACAAUCCUAUGGGCCCUCGUUCUGAGCGUCCUGUUUUCCAAGGCCUCCACAGAGCGCAGGGCGCUGCUCCGUAACCAGGACCUGCUGAGGACAAAUGCCUCGAAGCAGACGGUGGUGCUGGGUGUCCUGAAGGAGGAGGUCCGUGCCUGCAAUAGCUGCUGCCUGGGGACGCAGGCGCAGCUGCAGACCGUGCUCACCCAGCUUAGAGAGGCACAGUCGAAGCUGAUCCAGCAGGAGAGCGCCCUAAGAGAACUGAGCGAGCGCGUGACCCGGAGCUUGGCUGAAGCAGGAAGGGACCGCGAGAACAUCCGCAGUGAGCUCUUCCGGGCGCUGGAAGGAGUCCGGCUCGGGAACAGCUCCUGCGAGCAGUGCCCCCAGUCUUGGCUGCCAUUCCAGGGCUCCUGUUACUUUUUCUCCACGCAACGGGCCACGUGGGUGGAGGCGCAGCGCCACUGCGAGGAAGCCAGCGGGCACCUGGUGAUUGUUCAGGGCCUGGAUGAGCAGGGCUUCCUGAGUCGGAAUACGCGUGGCCGCGGUUACUGGCUGGGCCUGAGGGCAGUGCGCAGGGCGCGCAGGAUCCAGGGCUACCAGUGGGUGGACGGAGUCCCGCUCAGCUUCAGCCACUGGAAUAAGGGGGAGCCCAACGACUCUCUGGGGCGCGAGGAUUGCGUCAUGAUGCUCCGCACGGGGAUGUGGAACGACGCACGGUGUGACAGCAAGGAGGACUGCUGGAUCUGUGAGAAGAGGUUCAGCUGCUGACCUCGCCCAGUGCCCCAGAGCCACGCCCACUGGCACUUGUCCAAUCGCCUGAGCCGCUUGCCGUCCUGGCUCCGCCCACCACCAUUAAUCUCCACACCCCCCUCCACCUUUAGCAAGAACCACUCCGCCACCCACAGCCUAGGCCAGUAAACUGCACUCUGAAACCUCCGCUCCAACCUCACCGCAACCCCUUACCCGUGGACCUCACCUAGUCUCCACCUGCUCCAAAAUCUGAGCUCCUUGGCCCUGUGAUCUGACCCCAUCGCCCUCCCUAGCCAAGGUCAGCUAACUCAGGGACGCAGCUGUCUGAUUUACUUGCAUUUUACAAGGCAGAUGGGAAGCCUCAAAGAUAGGGAUUUUGUGAGCUUUCUUUGCAGCCCGCGGAAGCAUCAAUA